UGGGUAAUUGCGCACACAGCCGACUGGACUAUAGUGGCGACUCCAAGUACGACCCAGGUGUGAAGGCGUCCUAUUUCUGAGCGGCAUGCAGGGAUCAGGGGGUUUGGACCGCUACGGAAAACUUGCUUCUGCUGCUCAAGUCAUGCUCAAUGUGCAACUCUGAAGCCGCAUAAACUGCGACUGAGAGCAGUUUAACGCGUCUCUUAUCGUUCUUUUUUUUAACCCCCCCUAGAGGAUUACUCCUUCCCUCGGUAACCAUGGGUUCUGUGAUGUUGGACUGGCGGUUAUCAUGUCUUCUUCUGCAGGCAGCCGUUUUGCUGCUGCUCAGCAAGGGGGAGAGGAUGUGCCCCGUGAGUUGUCGCUGCGAGGGAAAGAUCGUUUAUUGUGAGUCGGGCAUCUUCCACGACGUUCCAGAAAACAUCACCACGGGAUGCCAAGGUCUGUCUCUGCGUUACAACAACCUGCAGGUUCUGCUGCCGUACCACUUCGCUCAUCUUGGUCAGCUUGUGUGGCUUUACUUGGACCACAACUCAAUCAAUGCCAUAGAUGCUUUAGCUUUCCACGGGGUGCGCAGGCUGAAAGAACUGAUCCUGAGCUCAAACAAAAUAUCCCAUCUGCACAACAACACAUUCAGUGCCAUACCAAACCUGAGGAAUCUGGACUUAUCCUAUAAUCAGCUGCAGUCUCUCCAUCCCGGACAUUUCUACGGGCUGCGCAAGCUACAGAAUCUCCACUUCAGGUCCAAUGGACUGAAACAGAUCCUCGUUCGUACUUUUUUGGAUUGCCGCAGCCUGGAGUUCCUCGACCUGGGUUAUAACCGCUUGCGGAGCCUCACCCGCACCGCGUUUUUGGGGCUGUUCAAGUUGAGGGAACUUCAUUUAGAGCACAAUCAAUUUACCAGGAUUAAUUUCUUUAUUUUCCCACGCCUCAGCAACCUCCAGGCUCUUUAUUUGCAAUGGAACCGCAUACGAUUCAUCAAUCAAGGUGUGCCGUGGACUUGGCAGAAACUUCAGAAACUGGACCUCUCGGGGAAUGAAAUCCAAAUCUUGGAUCCCGCUGUUUUCCAGUGCAUGCCAAACUUACAGAUACUAAACCUCGAAUCAAACAAGCUGAGUAGCGUGCCUGUGGAGGCUGUGGCAGCAUGGACUUCGCUGACCACCAUCAGCCUGGCAGGUAACGCCUGGGACUGCAGCCCCAGCAUCUGCCCUCUCAUGACAUGGCUGAGAACCUUCAAAGACUCCAAAGAAAUCAGCAUGAUAUGCAGCAGUCCCAAGUCUGUGCAGGGCGAAAGAGUGGUGGACGUAGUGAGAAACCACUCAGUAUGCAUAGACAUGUUAAAUGUGUUCUCGACCACUUUCAUCAUUAGGGGUUCAGCUGAAAUUGUGAACAUCACAGCUCCCCCGUCUCCCUCUGAUGUUACAGACCUGGCUGCACAGACAUCCACUGCUUCACCUGACCAGCCUGGCAGGACAGACAGAGUGACAACAGAGUCCAUAACUAUGAGCUCUACAGCUCACAAUUCCCCCGAAACACCUACAUCAUUUAUCCCUGAGCUACAGUUUGAACAUAUGGCUUUCCAUAAAAUCAUUGCGGGCAGCGUAGCCCUGUUCUUGUCAGUGUCAUUGAUUCUGCUGGUUAUUUAUGUCUCGUGGAGGCGCUACCCCAACACCAUGAGGCAGCUGCAGCAGCACUCAGUCAACCAUAAGCGCAGAAAAAAGGCCCGCAAGCAGGAACAGGACCUUAACUCUCAGUUGCAAGAGUACUAUCUGAGCUACCACUCAAACUCGGAGACAAUGGACUCCUUGGUGAACGAGCCAAGGCCGUGCACGUGCACUAUAUCAGGAUCAAUAGAAUGCGAGGUCUGAGCUGCCCACUAAAACACGAGAUAUAAAGUGCAAUUGCUAAGCAGAGGUAGAUAGGCUUUGUUUCCCCUCCAAAAAAAAAGAUUAAGUGGUUUUUAUCUCUAAUAUGAGAUGAUAGAUUCUGCAGCAGUGAAUAAAAUACUGGGGGGCAUAGUACAAUAUAAUUAUAUGCAGAGAAAAGAAGAUUGGAAUGGAGAAAUAUAUUUGGAGAGCUAAUUAUCGCCCUGACUGACACAAGAACAGUGGCAGGGUCAGUCGGGUUAGCUGUGUCUGACCUUACAAAAAGACUGGAACUUUGCUAACGCGAAAGUCAGCUCCACAGAGAGACUGACCUUAUUCUUAGUCAGAGUAUAUUGCCAUAGAACAUACGAGCCAACAAAGCCACU